AUGUGCGCUGGCAACAUGCCACCCCACCACGGUCUGAUGAAGCCGCCGCCAAUGGAUCAGCAAUACAUGCAGUGCCAGAGUCAGAUAUUCGUCUUCAACACGCUCAUGGUGAACCAGGCAGCUGAGGCGGUGGACAACGGCAGCUUCGAGUCCAUCAUCGACUUUCACCUCUCCAAUCCGCAUACAAAGAGCUUCAUCGAAAAGCACAGUCUGAAGCUUCCCAUUCAGAAUAAACCAAAUAACCUCUGGCAGGGCAAUAUUAGGCCGCCUCGAAUGAGGGGUCCCAAUCCCAAUGGAAUGUGUGGAAUCAGAGGGCCGAACAACUUCAACAGCAAUCCCUGCUAUCCCUACAACCACAACCCUCCUGGUCCCGGACCGGGUGGCGGGCCUCAGUGGAGUGGUCCGAACAACUGGCCUGGCCAGCCACAGCCUCCUUUUCCACCUAAUGAUAUGAACAAAAUGGCCAAUUGCAAUCCACGACCGUAUGGACCUCAAUACAAUGGCAACGCGCCCUAUCCUUUAGACAUGCAAGACCUGACACCGCAACAGAAGCAGCACCGAGAAAAGCAGCUAGCCAUACUGGCCAACCUUCAGCAAAAACUCUGUCCUGAACUAGAACUAGGACCAAACAAUCGUCCACUUUCACAACCGCCGCAGCCAAAUGAGUUUCCUGGUGUGGAUGCAAUGGGCAACCCAAUGCCGCCACUACUGCCGGAGAACGAUCCGAUGAAUGCAAUGCUUCCGUCCGACAGCUACAACCCCUCCUUCCCUCCCAACCCUAUGAUGUCCAAUCAGCCUGGAGGCGGAGGGCCCGACCCGUGGGCAAAGGCGGGCGGGCCGUUUGGCGAUGAAAAGCCGCCGCCGCCCUUCAACGGCAGGCGAAAGGGAUCUCAGGGUGCUAACCAGGUGGGCAACCAGCACCAAUCACCGCUGUCGCAGCAGUCGAUCAACAGUCCCAGCUCGUGUGUGACCUCCAGUCCGGGCACUCGAGUGCCCCCACCGCCGUACAACACUGGUCUGCGAACCAUGUCCAGUCCUCACCCGGCGUCCCCGGCAGCCACCUCACUCUCACUUCCCUCUCCGCGUAUGCACCCCAAUGAUACGAGGCAACAGUCUUUCACCCCCGGAGGCGUCCGCUCAGGGCCUGCCACGCCUGCCUCUGCCGACGCCGUCAACUGCGGUCAACUGAUCAACUCACCAAAGUCUUCCGGUCGGCAGAGCAAUACCUCCCCAGGCAGCAGUGCCAACAACAAGAAAGCCAAGUCAUCCUCGUUGGAAAAUGACUUGGCGAUGAUGAACGCCUUCCCUCCAAAGACCGAGUCAGCCCAGCUGAUGCCAGUGCCCUCGCCCAAACAGAUCGACUACAAUAACUUUGAUGGCCAUGAGUUGGUCAUUCACAAGCAGCCAAAUGCUCACUUUCAAGACAAUGAAUUGCUCAAUCCUGGCGAACUGGGCAAUGACCUCUACCCAAAUGACUUUAUGAACAUUUGCUCCUCGGUGAACAACAGCGGCGCACCGCCGAAUAUGCCUGACAUGAACUCCAAUCACCGCUUUCCGCCCAACUCAUGCAACUACGACUCAAAUCCAAAGUUUCCGCCUCCUGAUCCCUCUCACAGGUAUAGCAAUAACAAUGGCUUUGCAAUGGACGGCUACGGAAGACCCUCGCCCAACUCCUGUCCACCACCUCCUUUCAAUCCAAAUGAGGCUAUGCGAUACCCCAACUGUGACCCAGCGAAGAAUCGGAUCAAUUCGCCGGCUGAUAUCGCCUUCUCAGCAGCCAACUCAAUGGACAUGAACAUGAUGACCAACUCAAUGCCACCGAUGGGCUCAGACGGGCCGCCCUUUGCCAAUGGACAGAGUCACAGCUUUGGCGACCACCCUGACAGUGCCAUCGGCUCGAGUCACCUGCAGAAUCUGCAGAAGAUGACUCCGCCAUUUGACAAGGAUGGAAUGAUGGCCACCUCCAAGUCAAACAUGCCUCCAAAUAUGGUCAACACCAACAGCAACAGUGGUCACAUGGUGCCCAACUCUAUGCACCCAAAUAUACCUCAGAAUCCAAAUCACCGAAUGCCAAACUUUGACCCCUCUUUCCCUCCCAUGCCAUGCAAUGACAUGAACGAGCCCAACAGCUUCGGCCCUGGUCCGGGUAUGCAUCCGCCGAACAUGCCACCGAUGGGCGGCUAUCCAAACAACCAGUUCACCAACUCACCGAGGAUGCCUUCCAAUGAGCCCCCGUUUGGCAUGCACCCGGGAAAUCAGUUUCCGGGAAAUAUGCCGCCAAUGAACGGACCACCCGGCGAGCCACCGGGAGGCAUGAACGGACCAAUGAUGAUGCCCGGAGGAGGGCCACCGCCGCCGCCGUCACAACAACAACAACAACAACAGCCUCCGAAUGGAAGGUUUCCCGGCAAUGGCAUUCGACCGCCAAUGAAUCCCUCAAAUACUCACAGCACUCGCUACAACUCGCCAAACAUUCAGGUGAAGCCUGACGCACCAAACACCAUUCAGUACUUGCCCUCUCGACCACAAGGGCCCACCAGUACGCCGCCCAGCAGGCCACCCAAUUUGGACUUUUUGCAGCAGUCGCUGAGCAUGGGAGGGAAGCCUUCGGGAGGACAACCAUUGCAGCCACCGCCGCCACCACAGCAAGGAAUGCCGCCAGGUCCGGGCAACAACGUUCCCUACUUUGGACCAGGUGGACCUGGUGGACCAGGGGGGCCUGGAGGGCCAAUGGGAAUGCCUCCUCGAGGACCGCCGCCGCCGAUGCAGGGUCACAUGAACUUUAACCCCCGGGGGCAGAUGAUGCAGAGACCACAUCCGAACAUGCAGAAUGGGCCACCAGGCAUGGGCCCAGGUCUUCAGAUGGGACCUCAGGGAGGAGGACCCCCACCGCCGGACAUGUACAACCGCCCUCCAGGACCGAACAGUAUGGUGAACGGGCCUGGGAACAUGCCCGGUGGUCCGCCAGGCCCACCAAACUUUGGCGGUCAAGGAGGAGGCAAGGCGGGCGUGGGUCCAAUGGGCAUGGGUCACCCGGGAGAGCAGUCAUUCAACUCAUUCAAGCCAUCCUUUCCCAAUCUGACGUCUGACCCCGCCUAUGCGGCGCAGUAUCACAGCUUCCAACAGCAGCUUUACGCCACCAAUACUCGAAACUCAGCUUCGAAUCCUCGAAUGACAUCUAACUUUUAA